UGCAUGGGGCCACACGUGAAAGUGUUGUACGGAUAUCUGCGGAUAUUUGAGCGUUUGCUCGGCUGUCGUACAGUAUUCUGGCUUCCCCUCCCCCUCUUCUUUUCCUCCUCCCCUCCUCUCUGCUCUGCUUUUCCCUCUUUCCUAUUAUCUUUCAUCUGAACCAUUCAUCCACGCACAAUUGCUUGCUUUCUGCUUUCUCUUUCCCGUGUGAAGACAGCAUUCGUCCGAGAGCCGGGGCUACGGACCUCUGAUGGCUUGCUUUAUUAACUGCAUUAAUCUUUCAGAGCUCUAAAGAUAAAAAAAAAACACACACAUACUAUCCACUCUGGAAAAUUUGAGGGGUUGGCAAGGACAUGACUCUCUCUCCUAUGGCCCUCCCUCACAUUGUGCAGUGGAAAUGUGGCUUCCAGUUCCGGCCUUGACUUACUUCCUAAUUUCAAGUCUCUUCGAAGGAAAUUCACAUUCUAGAAGAGUCCAAAAGAGGGAAUACUUAGCCGUAGGAAGAACAGGGUGUUUCAGGAUUUCGUGGAAAUAGUUACGGCAUUCUUUUGCAGACUGCUAACGGGCCACUAUUUAAUAGCUUAAAAUAAACAUGUGUUCGUAAGAUAUUUCUGAUCAGAUGGACCAAAAAGUACAUUUUCAUUGUCAUAUUUUUAGGAGGAGAUCGUUUAGUGAAAGUUAGAAUCCCUAUGAAUGUCAUUACAGUGUUCAAGUGACUCCCUUUCCACCUUUUUGAAAAAUCCCAAGUGCACAUUUCCAGGAAAUCUGGGUUGAGAACAAUGCAUUGGGCUUUCCACGAAUCACAAAAAACAAGAUUCACCCCACUCUGUGAUGAGCAAAAUCGUGUCAUUAAAAAACAGGUUUCGUUCUUGUCGCACGGUGAACAUGAGGCUGGGAUUUGAAAUUGGCUUUCAUUUUCGCCAGAAGACAACAAAGGGGGGAUGUCAGCUUGAAUUAUCGCCCGUGGGCAGUCGAGGUCUUUAGACGCUGUGUGCGACUGACCCUGUUGGUUCUUGUUGCUAUGAACUAGCUAAUUCAAACAGAUCCAGCUCACCCUCGGGGCAGGGCAAUAUGAACAGAGCGCCGAGGGAUUUUGACAGAACGGUGUGGUGCGAGAAAGUACCAUGUGUUUUUUUCCGACGCAGGCAUCUUGAUUUACCUAGCUGUGAUCUUACAUGCAAAGACGGAGCAAAACAGUGCUUUUUCUUGACCGUAGCAUUUGAUCCCAGAGCUGCGUGCUUGGAUGCGUCUAUUACAUGUUGUCGGCAGUUUGUCCUAAUCAGAAAAAAAGAGAUAACAGUGGCUGCGUUACAAGAUAACCGAAUCCUGCUGGGAUGGUUUAGAUGUCACUAACACAUAAUUUACGGUUGUAAAAGUUCACCUUCAUUACAAAUGGAGAAAACAGCUGGUUCUGUGUGGGAACGGAUGCGUGAAAGCCAGGGAUCUCUUCUCAGAGGCAUCAGGCCUCCCAUAAUGAAUGGCCCCAUGCACCCUCGUCCUCUGGUGGCGCUGCUGGAUGGCCGGGACUGUACGGUGGAGAUGCCCAUCCUGAAGGACGUGGCCACCGUGGCCUUCUGUGACGCCCAGUCCACCCAGGAGAUCCACGAGAAGGUAUUAAAUGAAGCAGUGGGUGCUCUCAUGUACCACACCAUCACCCUGAUGAGGGAGGACCUGGAAAAGUUCAAAGCACUUCGUAUAAUUGUCCGCAUUGGGAGCGGCUUUGAUAAUAUCGACAUAAAGUCUGCUGGAGACUUAGGAAUAGCAGUCUGCAACAUGCCAGCAGCUUCAGUAGAGGAGACCGCAGACUCUACCAUGUGUCACAUCCUAAACCUGUACCGACGCACCACCUGGCUGCACCAGGCUCUCCGUGAGGGCACGCGGGUCCAGAGCGUGGAACAGAUCCGGGAGGUCGCGUCUGGGGCGGCCCGGAUCAGAGGAGAGACGCUGGGGAUCAUUGGCCUAGGGCGUGUUGGACAGGCGGUGGCGCUGAGGGCCAAAGCAUUCGGCUUCAACGUGAUCUUCUACGACCCGUACCUGUCUGACGGGAUGGAGCGAGCCCUGGGGCUGCAGAGAGUCAACACCCUACAGGACCUGCUCUUCCACAGUGACUGCGUCAGCUUACACUGCAGCCUCAACGAGCACAACCACCAUCUCAUCAACGACUUCACCAUCAAACAGAUGCGUCAGGGCGCCUUCCUCGUGAACACGCGUGGUGGUCUGGUGGAUGAGAAGGCUCUGGCCCAGGCUCUGAAAGAGGGCAGAAUACGAGGAGCAGCCCUGGACGUCCAUGAGACAGAGCCCUUCAGUUUCAGCCAAGGUCCUCUUAAAGACGCACCCAACCUGAUCUGCACCCCUCACGCAGCGUGGUACAGCGAGCAGGCCUCCAUUGAGAUGCGUGAGGAGGCGGCGCGGGAGAUCCGUCGGGCUAUUACCGGUCGCAUUCCAGACAGCCUCAAGAACUGCGUCAACAAAGAGUUCCUCACACAGACCACGCACUGGGCCGGCAUGGACCCGGCUGUUGUUCAUCCAGAACUCAAUGGAGCCUACAGGUACCCCCCAAGCGUAGUGAGCCUGGCUUCAGGGGGUCUGCCUCCGCCAGUGGAGGGCAUCAUGCCAAGCACCGUGCCCAUCACCCACAGCCUGCCCACUGCAGCCCACCCUCCACACGCCCCAUCACCCGGCCAAACCGGCAAAGCCGAACCCGAUAGAGAGCAGCACCCCAACGAACAGUUGUAGCCCCCUCUUCAAAGGCUCUCCGUACCACUAUAGAACUCUCCUGGUCCUUCUUUACCCCAAAGAAGAGGAGCGGAAACAGGCUCCCGGGCUCAGAACCAGCCACUAAAAACAACCACGACUUCGAAGUAGCCAACUCUUUGACUGAAGGUUGUGGACUGCGCUCUUUGAAGUAUCUAGUGGGAAAAAAACAACAACAAAAAAGAGAAAAUCUUGUGGAUUUCAAACUUCUCCCUGAUGCAAAAUCCUGCUGUUUUAGAUUGUAGUCUGUCCAAGUGCAGUGGGCGAUCUUUUAUCUGUUAUUUUGUCUGUCUAAUGGG